CAGCUGAGCGAGGGGAGACAGAGGAGCUGGCGACCGCAAGCAUCAAUGUUUUUUCAUAUAUGUAUUUUUUUACUCCCCCUGGUCUGUGACGCAUGUGACGGCAUCUUCAUGAGGACCUGGUGCCCCCCAAUCAAAGACUGAACACAAACCAGACACAGAUUGAAAACCAUGACGGCCAUCAACGCACCUCAGGACAGAUACCACGCAGUAUGGAUUAUUUUUUUCAUCCUGGGCUUGGGGACACUUUUACCGUGGAAUUUCUUCAUGACAGCAACAAUGUACUUCACAAGCCGACUGAAAGAUCCAAUAACCGAACACAACAAUGCGACUUCAGAACGCAACAUGCUGGAGUCAAAGUUCAACAACGUCAUGACGCUGUGCGCCAUGGUGCCUCUGCUCAUUUUCACCUGCCUCAACUCCUUCAUACACCAAAGAAUCCCUCAGAAGCUGCGCAUCUCGGGCAGCUUGGCCGUCAUCUUCCUAGUUUUCAUGGUGACGGCCAUCAUGGUCAAAGUGGACAUAGAGCCCGUUCCCUUCUUCACCCUCACUAUGAUUAAGAUAGUCUGCAUCAACUCGUUCGGCGCCGUUCUUCAGGGCAGUCUGUUUGGACUCGCAGGGAUUCUGCCCGCCUCCUACACCACUCCCAUCAUGAGCGGACAGGGUCUGGCUGGCACCUUCGCUGCUUUCUCCAUGAUCUGCGCCCUGGCCAGCGGAUCAGAACUGCAUGACAGUGCUUUUGGUUACUUCAUCACGGCCUGCGUUGUUAUUCUUCUGGCCAUUACGUCCUACUUCAUGCUGCCCAAGAUGGAGUUCUUCCAGUAUUACAUGGAGAGUAAUAGAUCAGCACCGUCUGCUGACGAGGAAAACAAGAUGGACUUACUGAAGAAAGAAAAUCAGGACGAGAAGCGACCGGGGACGGAUCUGAUGGAGGAGGAAACCAGCGGCGGCACGUCAGUGUUCAACAUCUUCAAACAGAUCUGGGUGAUGGCUCUGUCUGUGUGCUUCAUCUUCACCGUCACCAUAGGAACGUUCCCGUCGGUGACCGUAGACGUGAAGUCGACGGUGGCGAACGGCAGCGCCUGGAAGACGUACUUCAUCCCCGUGUCGUGUUUCCUCCUCUUCAACAUGAUGGACUGGGCCGGCAGGAGCCUGACGGCCGUCACCAUGUGGCCGGGUAAGGACAGCAUCUGGCUUCCUGUCCUGUGUGGCGUCAGAGUCGUCUUCAUCCCGCUCUUCAUGCUGUGCAACGUCCAUCCUCGGGAAAACCUCCCCGUAGUGUUCGUUCACGACGCCUGGUACAUCGGCUUCAUGAUCCUCUUCUCCUUCUCCAACGGAUACCUGGCCAGCCUCUGCAUGUGCUUCGGACCCAAGAAGGUACCGCAGCAUCAGGCGGAGACAGCAGGCGCCAUCAUGGCCUUCUUCCUGUCCCUCGGCUUGGCGCUGGGCGCUGCAGUCUCCUUUGGUAUCCGGGUCGUGAUCUAAGCCCUGAGUUUGUAUUGUACAUAAGACCGCUUCACCCUCAUAACCUCCACCCGACACGAGCCCAUCUGGGGCGGAGGAGCAGAAACCAGGGAGGACUAAGAACCCUCGGUCCUUCACGUGUUUAGCAGGAACUCACCCUGCCAAAAGCUAAAAUGUGUUCAUUUAAUGUUUUUAUUUUUUACUCCAGAUUCAGGAAUUUUGUUUACUUUAAACCAAAUAUGUUAGAUGGUACAGACAAGUGUUUAAGCAGCAGUUGUCAUGCAACUCAUAAGAACUGCAAUAAUGCAAUAAUGCUUUUAUAAAACUUUAUUGUCCUUCUUGAUCAGUUUUCAGAUGUGACAAAAACCUCGUUAGAUGCGUUCAGACGACAUCUGAUCACAGCUGCGUACGCAGCGGUGAGAGAUGCGGCUCCUCAAUGCGCCACUAUUUAUAACCAGGCGGUAUGAUUUAUAAGCUGUGAUCAUGAAUACAAUGUUAGUUAUAACAGAUGUAAAAAGUACCACUCAGUGCUGCACUGCAGGCUCAUGUGAAAAAACCAAAUACACAAAGAGAGACAGGAACACAGUGGAUUGUGAGGGGACGCUCCCUUCUAACAAACCACAAUAACAGAAACAGUGUAAAGAUGAAUUUUAUCCUGAAGAUUGUUUUCUCCAUCAGCAAUGAUCUGAAUCCAGUGUUAGCUUUAGGUCAGAUGACAUUUUGACUUGAAUGGAAAGUAUUUCUGUUCAGAUUUUAACCCCACAUUUCAUGUUAUUUUUGUUUUGUGUUACACCGAGCAUGUGUUUUUGAAAAUACAAAUGACUGCAAAAUAACAUGCAGCUUAGAUUAAGUGAUUAAGUCAGGAAGAGUGCCAUUUUUUAUGUUUCUUUUAAAAUUAGGUUUUUAUACAAGCAAUAGUUUAUAACGUCUUCCAAGCUCUCACUUCAGAACUACAGUAUAUGUGUGUAUUUUUGUUUGUUUACAUUUAUUAGUAUUCUUUUGUAAGUCUGCCUUAGAUGUCCAGUAUGGACCAGAUAUAGACCACCAGGUUGUACACAUUGUAACCAGCCAAUGCUUUAAAAGCAGUAUUAAAUAAAAACAGUAUUUAAUGGAAGAAUACAUCUUUUUUAAAAAAACAUUGACUCCUCCUGGUGGUCAUUUGUGGAACUUCGUAUCACUUUGCAUAAUAAAUCUGAGCUUCACUUUGUGGACUGAA